CAUAUUCAUUAUCGCAUUUCUCGCCCCACCCCCUUUAAUUUCACACACAUAUUCUCUCCUUCUCUCUCUCUCUUCAAAUCGAUCGUCUCUAAAAAUCUUUUUCUCAGGGAUCCUCGAUAGUAUAAGAGGAUGGGGCUAACUUUCACCAAGCUUUUUAGUCGGCUCUUUGCCAAGAAAGAGAUGCGUAUAUUGAUGGUGGGUCUCGAUGCGGCUGGUAAGACCACCAUUUUGUAUAAGCUCAAGCUCGGUGAGAUUGUCACCACCAUCCCUACCAUCGGUUUCAAUGUGGAGACUGUUGAGUACAAAAACAUUAGCUUCACAGUGUGGGAUGUCGGGGGUCAGGACAAGAUCCGUCCACUAUGGAGGCACUAUUUCCAAAAUACACAAGGUCUUAUCUUCGUGGUUGAUAGCAAUGACAGGGACAGAGUCGUUGAGGCAAGAGAUGAAUUGCACAGGAUGUUGAAUGAGGAUGAGUUAAGAGAUGCAGUUCUCCUUGUAUUUGCUAACAAACAAGAUCUCCCCAAUGCAAUGAAUGCUGCUGAAAUCACUGACAAGCUUGGACUCCACUCCCUCCGACAGCGCCACUGGUACAUCCAGAGCACCUGUGCAACCUCUGGAGAGGGACUUUAUGAGGGAUUGGACUGGCUUUCCAACAACAUAGCAAACAAGGCAUAAGGCGUUGAUUGAUGUUUCUUUUUACGAGGGUGGAUCUUGGGCGGUUUCUCCUUCUAGUGAUACCUGUAGUUUUGGAAACUGUUGUUUGAAAAGAUGUUUUGCUUUUGAUAUAGAGGUUAUGGAUGUGUCUAAUUGAAUGAAUACAUUGUUUGUUUGUCUGGAUUUGCAUGUAUGUCUUUAGGAAGUUAUUAUUCUUUUAUCUGAAGUUGCAAGAGACUAAACCUUUUUCUUUUGUCGUCUUUAGAAUAUGUAGUUUGUUGGUAUGCUUUGUAUACCAUUUGGUAAACAUUAUAUGCUAAAUUCAACUACUCUGAGAAUGUUUCAUGCUUUGUA